AAUCCCUUCACGUCUAUCUGAACUCACCCCAGCUCAAAGAAGAUCAUGUCGGAAGUCAAAUUAAAUCCCAUUGUAUUUCAUCGGCGGCUGAGGACUCUGUUGGAUUUAUGGAAAAACGCAACCGAGGACGAGGCCGAAACUGCGCCGUUUUUGAGUACGGGUGGGCUUUUACUCGUUGCUGGUAAUGCCGACGAAACGAAUCCGUAUCGAAAGACUGGCGCGUUACAAACAUAUCUCUUGGGUUACGAAUUUCCUUCGACUUUAAUCUUUAUCACGCCCGAAAACGUCACCUUUCUCUGCUCGGAAGGCAAGGCAAAAAUAUUGAAACCUCUGGAAGACCCGAACAACGUUCCUGGAGCAGAUGUCACGGUGAACGUACUUGUCAAAUCAAAGGAUGCCACUCAGGCUACGGAAGCCAUGGGUAAAGUCAUUCAAGCUAUGGAAGAUGCCGUCCAGGAUGGUAAGAAGCUAGGAUGUUUGACAAAGGACAAAUAUGGUGGAAAGUUUGUGGACGAGUGGACCUCGUUCUUGAAUGCAAAGAAACAGAAUCAUAUGGUCAAGGAAGCAAAUGACAUAUCAUCCGGAAUUUCUGUGUUGAUGGCGACCAAGGAUGCAGAAGAGAUGCAAAACACAGAGGUCGCAUGUAAGAUGACUCAAAAACUCAUGGCGGCACUUUGUCAACAAAUAACAAAUUUGAUAGAAGCAGAGAAGAAAAUCACUCACGAACGGCUAACUGACAUUAUCGAGACUAAACUUGAAGAUUCAAGCAUAUGGAAGGGCGCAAAGUUUGCACCUGACUUCGACAGUACGUACUCUGAUUGGUGUUAUACUCCUAUCAUUCAAUCGGGAGGGGUAUACGACCUUCGCACUUCGGCACAGUCUACGGACGAGAGACUACAUGAUACUGGGAUCAUCUUAGCCAGCUUGGGUAUUCGAUACAAGUCAUAUUGUUCUAAUGUCUCCCGAGCAAUCAUGAUAGAUCCUCACCCUACACAACAAGAAAACUAUAAUUAUCUCAGAGAGCUUCAAAAAUUUGCUUUACAAGAGUUAAAGGAAGGCGUUAUUGCGAAAGACUUCUUCAGUACCAUUGUCGCAAAGGUCUCGACCGAUCGUCCAGAUCUAGAGUCGACUUUGCCUAAGUCAUUUGGUUUCGGAAUUGGAAUCGAGUUCAGAGAUUCAUUUUUGAGUCUCAACCCAAAAUGCUCUAGGACUCUCAAAUCUGACAUGAUCUUCUCUUUGGCAAUGUCUUUCGCAAAUAUUGAAGAUCCUUUGGACUCGUCCAAGAGCUAUUCACUACAGCUGAUCGACACGAUAGUCGUCAAGGAAGAUUCGUCUAGCAUCCUAAGUGAUGGGUUGAAGGAGUUGACAGAGGUCGCUUUCUUCUUUAAUGACAAGCCAAAAAAUGCGGCCAAAUCGAAUGCUUCGGGGUCCCGAAAUACCGACAACAAACCAGCGUCCUCUUCCAAAAAACACGGCUCACCGCGUAAGAGUGGUGCAGCAGUCAUGACUACCUCUCGGAAAGGUCGAUUGCGUAAUGAUGGGAAAGAGAUCGAUAAUGAGGCUACCGUGAAGCGAAAAAUUCAUCAAAGGGAGUUGGCUGAGCGACGUCAGGAAGAUGGAUUAAGCAAGUACGCUGAAGACGACGGCACUGGAAAGGGAACUGUUGUCAAACAGUGGAAACGGUUUGAAAGUUUCCAAAGAGAACGCGAUUUACCAAGCGCGGUCGCCAGUUUGAAGAUCGUCGUUGAGCUCAACAAGCGAAGUUUUCUUCUUCCUAUCAACGGUUUUGCAGUCCCAUUCCACAUCAACACACUCAAGAACGUUGUGAAACAGGAAGAAGGAGAAUACACCGUUCUAAGAUUCAUGUUCAUUGCACCUGGUCAAAUCACUGGCAAAAAAGAAGAUACCCCUUUCGAAGAUCCCAAUGCAACCUUUAUCCGUGGUUUGACAUAUCGCAGUACAGAUCAGGAUCAUAUGAAUGAGGUUCAUAAGCAAAUCAUGGAUUUGAAGAAGGCAGUCCUGAAACGAGAAAAGGAUCAGGCGGAGAAGGCGGAUGUUGUGGACCAAGAUCAACUGAUAGAACUUCGAACCAAGCGACCAAUCAAGAUGUUGGACAUCUCAGUCAGGCCAUCCUUUGACGGUAAACGGCAAGCAGGGGAUGUAGAAAUUCAUCAAAACGGUAUACGCUAUCAAUCGAGCCUUAGAAAUGAUCAUCGCAUAGACAUACUGUUCAAUAAUAUGCAACAUUUGUUUUUUCAGCCAUGUGACCAAGAAUUGAUUGUAAUUCUACAUGUUCACCUCAAAUCACCCAUUUUCAUUGGUAAGAAAAAAGUGAAAGAUGUUCAAUUCUAUCGUGAAGCAUCGGAAGCUGCAUUUGACGAAACUGGAAACCGUAAGCGACGUCGACAACAAAACGGUGGUGACGAAGAUGAAAUCGACGCCGAACAGGAAGAGAGGAAGAAGCGUGCAGAUCUAAAUAAACACUUCAAGAUGUUUGCCGAUAAAAUCGCAGAUGCAUCAGAUGGUCGCCUUGAGGUGGAGAUUCCAUAUCGGGAAUUGGCAUUUCAGGGUGUCCCCUUCCGUUCUAGUGUUCUCUUGCAACCUACAACAGAUUGUUUGGUUCAUUUAGUCGAGCCGCCUUUCCUAGUCAUUACUACAACUGAAGUUGAAGUUGUUCACUUGGAAAGAAUUCAGUAUGGUCUGAAAAACUUUGAUAUUGUCUUUGUUUUCAAAGACUUCACCAGGACACCGGUUCAUAUUAACACAAUUCCUAGCGGACAAUUGGAAAAUGUUAAAGAGUGGAUCGACUCGUGCGAUAUUCCCUUCUCGGAGGGUCCGGUCAACUUGAACUGGACAGCGAUCAUGAAGACAGUCACAGAUGACCCAUACGAAUUUUUCAAAGAGGGUGGAUGGAGCUUCUUGAACUCGCAAUCUGAUGAUGAGGAAGACGAAGAAGACGAAGAAGACGAAGACUCCGCGUUUGAGGUGUCUGAUCUUGAGGUAGAAUCUAGCUCAGCUUCUGAUUCGGGUUCAGCCUUUGACGAAGAUGCGUCAGGUUCAUCUGGUACAGCUUCUGGUUCAUCUGCAAGUGAUGGUUCAUCUGCUGAAGAUUGGUCAGAUCAAGAGAAAUCUGCUGCUAGAUCAGAUAUGAACAAGAAAAAAGGAGGUGAAGCUAAUGGGAAACAAAAGAAACGACGAGAUGAAAGUGAAUCAGAUGUUUCGAUUGAUAGUGAGGAAGAAGAAAGGAAAGAAAGAAAGAAGAAACCAGCUAAAAAGCGCUGAUCUGGACAUGAUACAUAGACUUAAAUGAGAUUAGCAAAAAGGAAAGUGGUGUUGAAGAUACAUUGGAAAUGGAAGUUUCAAAUUCUCAGUUUGUGCUCUUUUGGAAAUUUGUCGGGUAGCGAUACACUACAAAACCUGUAUAUGUGGCCAUUAGAGCGCGUCGCUCGUGUUUUAGUUGCGUUUUGGUGGGGAAAUUUCAGUGACAAGACUGCAAAAUGUUUUUGCAAGU